UCUCUCUCUACUUUCCGAAAUGGGCCACUCCAAUUGCAAUGUAUUCUGUUUGGCGAUCGUAUUGAGCAUUUGCAUUUUCGCUGGAUUGGGAUCCGCUCAGCUUAGGCAGAAUUACUAUGCGAACGUUUGCCCAAACGUCGAAAACAUAGUAAGGAAAGCUGUCACUGCCAAAUUCCAGCAGACGUUUGUCACCGCACCAGCCACGAUUCGUCUCUUCUUUCAUGAUUGCUUCGUGCAGGGAUGUGAUGCGUCCGUGAUCAUCGCAUCAACGUCCAAUAACAAAGCGGAGAAGGACAAUGAAGACAACCUCUCAUUGGCUGGAGACGGAUUUGAUACAGUGAUCAAGGCCAAGGCAGCCGUUGAUGCCACCCAAGGGUGUAAAAACAAGGUCUCAUGCGCCGACAUCCUAGCCAUGGCUACCCGCGACGUCAUCGCUCUGACGGGCGGGCCAUCUUACCCGGUCGAGCUGGGAAGAUUGGACGGUCUGAGUUCGUCGGCGGCAAGUGUGAAUGGGAAGCUUCCUCAGCCAAGCUUCAAUCUAAAUCAGCUCAAUUCCAUGUUUGCGGCAAAUGGUCUCAACCAAACAGAUAUGAUCGCUCUUUCAGCGGCCCACACACUGGGAUUUUCUCACUGUAGCAGAUUUGCCAACCGCGUAUACAAUUUCAGCCGCACAAACCAGGUGGACCCCACGCUAAACCGGUCCUACGCGAGCCAGCUUCAAGACAUGUGUCCCAGGAAUGUGGACCCCACGAUAGCCAUCAACAUGGACCCAAAUACUCCUAACAAGUUCGACAAUCUAUACUACAAGAACCUCCAGCAAGGAAUGGGCCUCUUUACAUCUGAUCAGGUCCUCUUCACAGAUGCAAGAUCCAAGCCCACCGUUAUCACGUGGGCCCAAAACUCCGCAGCCUUCCAACAAGCCUUCAUCUCAGCCAUCACCAAGCUGGGCCGCAUCGGAGUCAAGACCGUUAGGGGCAAUAUCCGACGCGAUUGUUCGGUCUUUAAUUAAAAAGAAAUUUAUGUUUCACCUCA